CAAGUCCCGGGUGCGCGCCUGAAGCGGCCAUUGACGGUGCACGGCUGGAUUUGUUUUGGUUUGUGCAGACUGCGUCUUAUCACGGGGAGCCAAGGUCCGCCGCGGUGCUCUCACCUGACCGUCACACACCGCCGAGCCGCCGCCGGGGCCUCCGGGCACAACCCCUCCUCCCAGCUCCGUGUUCCUCCGCCCUCUCGGGUCCAGCGCCGCCGCGCAGCAGCGCUAUCGGACCUCAGAGGCUGGCCCGCUACUUAGCAAACAAGCUAGCGUUUGCCAGAGUCCACCCAUGUCCUCUGAGGAAGGGUUGAGCUCCACGAUCGCGGACUGGCUCUACAUCAACUCCUGGUGGCUCCUCCUGCCGUUCGUCAUGCUUCUCGUGGUCGCUGCCUUCAUCGUGGCCUUCGUGCUGCUGCUGUACAUGAUAUCUCCCCUUAUCAGCCCCAAACCCCUGAAAUUGAACGGGGCCCACGUCGUGGUGACAGGAGGUUCGAGUGGGAUUGGGAAAGCCAUUGCAAUGGAGUGCUACAGGCAAGGAGCAUUCAUCACUCUGGUGGCACGAGACGAGGCUAAACUCCUUCAAGCUAAAAAAGAAGUGGAGAAAUUUGCCAUCAAUGACAAGCAGGUUGUGCUCUGCACAUCAGUGGAUGUCUCCAGUGAUUAUAGCCAGGUGGAAAGUGUUUUAAAACAGGCACAAGAGAAGCUGGGGCCUGUUGAUAUGCUUGUGAACUGUGCUGGAACAUCCAUCUCUGGAAAGUUUGAGGAAGUGGAGGUGGACCGUUUUAAAAAACUGAUGGAGGUGAACUACCUAGGCAGCGUUUACCCAACACGGGCCGUCAUAACAACCAUGAAGGAGAGAAGAAUGGGCCGCAUCAUGUUCGUGUCCUCCCAGGCGGGCCAGAUCGGCAUGUUUGGAUACACCGCCUACUCCCCCUCCAAGUUUGCCCUGCGUGGCUUAGCUGAGUCGCUGCAGAUGGAGAUAAAGCCGUACAAUAUCUAUGUGACUGUGGCCUUCCCCCCUGACACUGACACUCCAGGAUUUGCUGAGGAAAAUAAGUCAAAGCCUCUAGAAACUAAAUUAAUCUCUGAAACAGCCGGAGUGUGUCAACCAGACCAGGUGGCCAAAAUCAUUGUGCGCGAUGCAGUUCAGGGGAACUUCAACAGCUCCGUGGGACCCGACGGUUACAUGCUAUCAGCCCUCACCUGUGGGAUGUCACCCGUCACCUCCAUCACAGAAGGUCUUCAACAGAUUGUUACCAUGGGAUUAUUUCGGACCAUCGCCCUCUUCUACCUGGGGAGUUUCGACAGCAUUGUGCGCCGCUGCAUGAUUCAGAGAGAGCAGUUAAAAGCAGCUGACAAGAGGGAGUAACAGCAGCCGUACCUGCUUCACAGCCCAGUGCUCCUCUUCUUCCUCCUCCUCCUCCUCCUCUACACCCCCAUCCCAUCCCUUCAUCCAGCUGUUCAAGUGCCCAACCGUAGUUGGGGAAUAGGCCAAGCUUUGAGUGCAUUUCUGAUAACAUCAUAACAGACGGGAUGAAAGAAAAUGGCAGAUGUUUACUCUUUGCUUGUCCUCCAUUGACUUCACGGCCAUUUCUUUCUAUCCUUUCAGAGCAUUCCAGUGACUUUUCAGUUUAAUGUGUCCACCUGCUUCUUUCUGUCGGAGCAGCCUUACUUUGUGGGGGGGGGCAGACUAAACAUCCCACAGCCUGGUUUGAAAAUACAUAUGGGCUUUGUGAGCAACUUUCAUUUUAGACAUCAGGCCUCCCUGCCUCUACUCGCACAGUGUUUAUAUUUCCCGAAAAAUAGCAGAUAGCUUGUCGGACCAGUUGGGCCAAAUAUGGCUUGAAAUUCCUUCCCACCACGGGGCUAUAGUGAAAAUCUGAAUGCUAACUCUCACCUUUUUGCCAUAUUUUAUAUAUAUAUAUAUAUAUAUAUAUAUAUAUAUAUAUAUAUAUAUAUAUAUAUGUGUAUGUAUGUGUGUAUUUAAAAACUGGGUCCACCCCGUAAGAAUUUUACUAUCUUCAAUGAAACAGUUCCUCAAUCUCAACCUUUGUUGUACCACAAGUCUUUGCAGGCAAAGCACCUUCCCUCUUCGCCGAGCGACCGUUGCUGUGGGGUGUUUUGGUUUUUUGCGCUCUGCAUCUGAACCAAACAAAGAUGUGAUGACAACAGUACACUUCACUGAAAUCAGAGAGAGUGAGCGAGACAGAAAGUGAAAGCAUUUGUAGUUUUUGAUUGUUAUUAAAUAUUACUAAUGCAAAAACACAAUUUCCCAAAAAUGUUUAGACGAGGUGUUGGGCAGAAUUCAGGUGAAGUUCUUUGUGUGUGUACAUGUGUGUGUUUGUGUGUUCAUGUUUGCUGUGACUGAGCCAACCCCUGGGGAGAGAAAAGCCAUUAGAUAUUAUUGUCUCUGGAUUAAACACCAAAUUAUUUUCUGCUUAUUUCUUUGAGAAAGGAGAGCAGGUACUAGCUGUUGAAGCCUUGAUGUUAAAAAUGGGGGAGACAUCAGCUCAGGUGAUUUAACUUUUCAUCUGUGCAUGUGAUCGAAUUCAGCACACCUUUUUUCUUUCUUCCUUAAAUGUGUGAAAGGAAGUGUAUCAUUUUUACAUGCAGUCUUGUGUGUCUGUGCACAUAUUCAGCCACCCCAGUCAAAGAUCCGAGUGGGAUCCAUAAACUGUCGGGUGGUGCAAGUCAGGGCAGGGCAAUGAGGGCACGACUCGCUGGUUCGAGUCAUGUCCCUUUGAGUCUAUUGAGGGCGCUAGAGAUUUGUUUUACAUAGAGGUCAUAAUAGCAUGAAAAGUGUGAUCCUCGUCCUUCUGAUUUUAGACCUGCUGUCACUCUGUCAUGCACAGUCGGGACUUUGUAACUCCCUGAAUAACAAUAUCGAUUCCCUCCGGGUUUCUGUCAAACCUUUGGAAAAAUCUUGUACUUAUCACAUGACCUUCUUACUAUUUUGCAUACAGAGGGAGAAAAAAAGUACAGCGUCGACUCUUGCAAGUCUUAAUUUGGUCCAUCACAAACGGGGAGAAUGUACUUUAAUACAAAGCAUACAAAUCAGAACAUAGUAAUAUUAUUUUUAAAUGCACCACUAUCUGAAUGCCAAAAUGUGUUAAGACAAUUUUUGUAGAUGCAAUGGAUUCAUUUGAGAUUUAUUUCCAUGUUGCUGCUCUGUUGAUCUUUAGAGUUAGUUUGUGAAAGACGUGGAGCAGUGUGGGGACCCAUUCUAAGCCUUAAAGACGUGACUACUGAUGAAGCUAAAGCUAUAAGAAUGGACCUGUCCACAGAACAAUGUGGCUUAACCCACAUGUGGUUUACCAGUUCAUUUAAUGACUUUUCAGUGUUUUUUGUUGUGUAUUUUUGUCAACUUCCAGGCUUUGUACGACAAGAAGAAGCCUUGGUGAAAUCCAAGAAAUGAAAGUGAGAAUGGAUGACCCGUGUUUGAUGAUGUUCUCAUUUGACUUUGGUUUAAAGGCGUACUGUCCUGCACUUAAGAGGUUUUCAUAAUCUUAACUUUAUUUGCUUUCAGAAGUUCUCUUUUUCCUUAAGGUAGCAACACGUAGUUGAUGGAACAUGUAGCCCAUGUAAAAGCAGUUUUGUUUAACACCUUUUUAAGCUAUGCAAGUGAAGCCUAUGCUUACGAUAUGUUCAAACAUAUAGUCCAGAUUUCAGUUCUCUAACAGCCACUAACAUCCUCUGUUUAACGGUGUCAUCAUUAGAUCAUCACUGAGUAUUGAACAUGAAAGUCAGGAUGCACUCUUGUUUCAUUCUUCUUUGUUGCUUUUUAAUUUUGUUUCUGCCAAAAAAAAAUACUUCACACCUUCACCUUGUGUGCCAUUGAAAGAAAAUGUGAGAAGUGAACGUGUCUCUGUCUUAUUUUCUUACAUGAUAAACAAAAUAAAUACCUGUGAAGAGAAAUAAAAUCAAAUUCCGAUGUUUUCA